AUGAAGCUUGGAUUGAGUUCACUAUUUAUUUUGGCCUUUAUAAUGAGUGACGACAUAUCUGCUCAAAAUUUUAAUUUAGAAUCAUGGAUGAACGAUCUACCACCGCAAUUAAAAGAUGUGCCAUUGAUUUAUCUUGCCAUUCCAGGUAGCCAUGAUUCAAUGACAUAUGGCAUAACACGGUCUAGCAAAGUAGCACCGGAUGCCGAACCAAUACUCCACCGUCUGUACCCAUUAUUUCGAGGUACGAUCUUACGGUGGACUAUAACGCAAGCCAGUGACACUUGGCACCAACUUCUUAUUGGCAUUAGGUACCUCGACCUGAGGUUGGCUACUAUGCCAAAUUCAGACAAUUUUUACUUCACUCAUGGUUUAUAUGGAGAAGAAAUCUCAGGAGCUUUAACUCAAGUUAAGGAGUUUGUCGACAAACAUCCUGGAGAGGUAGUAAUCUUAGACUGCCAGCAUUUCUACGCGUUCACUCCACGACACCACCAAAUGCUGAUGCGGUACUUACUGAAUCUCUACGGCACGAGACUUGUGCCACGACAACUCGAUCUUAGAGCAAUUACGCUCAACUAUCUCAAUAGACUAAAAAUGCAGGUUAUAGUAGUAUACCGCAAUGAGUCCGUUUACGCUACAACUGAGUUCUGGCAACCGCAGAUGCUACCGUCGCCUUGGCCGCGGCAAGACAGUGUCAACGGUCUCAUUAAUUUCCUAGAGAAUGUGAGGAGACACCCUAGCUCGGGCUUCGUACAUCAAGCGGUACUUACGCCCACGGCUACAUUUAUUGUACUCAGAUGGAUAUCAAGUCUCUUGGAAAAGUGUGCCGUACCAGUACAAAAAGAAGUGCUACCGAUAUUAUCAGAGUUCAGUCCGGGGCAGCCAUUGCCCGGCAGUUCCGCGGCCGGUGUCCGCGCCCCCGUCAACGUUGUUAUCGCCGACUUCGUCGAUAUGAACGACGCUUUAUUCCCGCGCACAAUUAUAAACCUUAAUAUGAAGCUGUUGAAAAAUCCCGUUACUGUAUAUCAUAACCACGGGUAA